GGUAACUCUUUUGCAUUGAAAAGCACAAAAUUUUCCAAUAUGGCGUCAAGAACUGAAUUAAAUUUUAAGAAAUUGUUAAUUAGGUGCGAAACGAUGGCAAAAGACAGAAGUUCUGGGGAUUGGAGGUUUGAGAAGUAUGUGGAAACUCUGCAAGAUUUAUUAGGUGAAAUGAAAAGGUCUCGUGUCAGUCGUCCUCCUCAGGAAAGUUUAGAUGAGUACAGCGAGAAAGUGAAAAAUCUGAGGGAGAUGAUGGAGUCUGACAAAGGGAAGACUUUAGCCAUGGAUAAAAAGUUGCCAGAGGAACGACAAAGUAACUCCCGACUGUCGCUUGUCCAAGACCAGGCACGGUACCACCGCGACGAAAGGGAAGAACUCUUGGGAGGAAAACAAAUGGAUUCUGAAUUACGACACCGCAACGUAACAAACAGCAGCGAUACAGAAACAAUGAUCCGGCACCAGCGAGGAAUGCACGAGAAAUUGACAGAACAGAUGUUGAAUUUGACACGGAGUCUCAAAGAGAGCGUGAGGGAUUCUGGUAAAAUUGUCCAGGAAGACAACAAGACUUUAGAAACAAGUAUGAAGUUAGCAGACUCGAACACAAAAAGACUCAAAGUAGAGAGCGACCGUCUUGAGCAGCAUACCAAGACCUGCUCGUGGUGGAUCUGGGUCAUGCUUGUGUUUGUCACUCUUACAUUCCUAUCUAUGAUCGUCUUCAUGCGCAUGUUUGGCAAGAAAGCGUCUUGAUAUCCUGUUGAAGGUAGCUUGCGUAAUUGUGAUCGAAUGUUUAUGCUUACUAAGAGUCCAUGAUGGUGCUUGUUCAUUUCUCUAGUGUGGGAUAAUGGAUGGACUCUGUGUUUAUGGCAUGUGGGUAACUGUGAUAGGAACUUGACGUGAAGGUGUUUCAUAUAAUGAAAAAAAAAUGUAAUUUAUUAUGUGUGAUUUAGUUUUAAAAUGAAUGGUUAUGGUACAGUUUGACUGACGCUGAUGUAGAUUGUUAUUUUAUGUAUGCAAAUUGAAUUUACAUUUCAUUUGAAAGGGACUGAUUCACAAUUUUCCCCCAAAAUUUUGUUUUUCACUUUUAAUGAUCAAAAUUUAUUGUCUAAUGUGUUUAAAAGAUUUCACAUACAAAUUAAGGCCAUACAUCAUCACAGAAGCACCGCCGCGGUGGCCAAGAGGUUAGAGCAUUCGCCCCGCAUGCGGUAGGCUUGGAGUUUGAAUUCCAGCCGCAACAGACCUAAGUCGUUAAAACAGGUAGUGACAGUUCCAUAUUACAAAAUUAACAUUUCAUUGGUUUGUUUGUAUACAUGAAAAGACUCAAGUCUUUGUUUACAUAACACAGAUUUAAGGCUACAAUAUUGCUUUUAUUCUUGCGUUCAGAAAUUCAAAAUUUUGGCUGUCAACAUUAAAUCAGUUAUAUUUUUAAUGUUUAACAUCAAAAAUGAAAAAAAAAAAAUUCAAAAAUCAUGAACCAGUCCCUUUAAGUUGUAUUUAUGAUUGUGUGUAAGCACCCGAUAAUCUGAUCUAUGUUAACUUUAAUUUCACAAUGAAACUUGUCUAAUCUGACAUGCACUGGGAGAUAUUUUAUGUUAAAGAUUGAAAAUUAGAUUUGGGGUCAGAAUAUGUAGUGCAAUGGAUAAUUCAGGUAUCUGAUAAGACAGGUUUAACUGUACAUGAAGAUACUGAGCGUCUUCCAGUAUAAGCAGUAUUUACAAAUGCAUAUUCAGGUAUGCAGUAGUUAGUACACAAUUUCAGAUCUACUUCAAAGUUAAUUCAGCACAACAAUGAGAGCACUAAUUGAUAUCAGGGUGGCGUAAUCUAUGGAGUACACUAAACAUACCCCUACAAGUUAACUUAUUUAAAAGUCUUUGUGUUUCUUGUUUUUUUUAUACUGGCUAUUGAUGUUGUAGUGUAUUUUCUGAAAAUGUACACCCCUUUUAAUUCUCUGCAUUCAAGUAAAAUGUAAUUCACAUUCGAUUAUUACCAUACAGUUUUUCAAAGAAAAUCUCUAUCAAAGAAUUUUUUUUUAUCGUCAUAUUUAUUUAACUUAGAUUUGCCAUGAAAUGGUAGUGCAUGAAAAAUGCCACUCUGUGUUCUAAUCUGUCAAAGGAAAUUGUAUAAAUAAUGUCUAGCGUUUGCUGAACAUGGACUUUAUUAAGAGAGAAGGUGUCUAUAUUUUUAUGUUAACGAAUAGCCUAUGUGAUGUUAGUUUUUAUAUCUGAAAUGUGAUAGAAUGUUCCAAAUUAUUUGAUUUCAAACUAGUUGUGUCUAUCUUAUUAGCUCUCAGUUUGAGCUCCAGUUUGCAAAAUGAUACCAAAUAAAAAUGUUUAUGUUUUCAAUGAAAUCGCCAGUGGCAGUAUUGGAGGUAUAGAUUAUUGGAGGUGUCCCCCUGCUGCAAUGUUAGUAUGAAUAAAUGAUGUAACACUGUG